AAUCAACAGUAGCCCUAAUUUUGAGUUUGAUUUCAGUCCCUUUCUCUGUACUCAUCGUGUCAGAUUCCAGCUUUCUCAUAUGCAAAAUUCCGCCAUUGGAGCCCGACUUCUGAGUUCUGACGUUCUCAUCAAGUUGGUCUCCUCCAUUUCUCCACCACCAUUUCCAUCUCUCCGUUCUCUGUUUUUCAGCUUCUUUCCUCAUUGAUUCUCUCCUUUCUCCUCUUCCGACUGUUAUUCCGUUUCUUUGCUCCACUGUUAUGCAAAGAAUCCGAAUAAAUCAUCGAUAAAAGGGUAGCCAGCCAGCCAGCCAGCCAAGGGUUUUUGAUCUGCGCACCCGGACCAGCCGUUUUCCCUUCAGGAGGUAUAAAUUGAUUUCGUGAGCAGUUCAUUUGACUCAGUUUUGAAGUCUUUGAGAAGCUUCCAUGGCUGAUAAGUUGGUGCGGAAACAAAGUAAAUUGUCUGUGUACCUUUACGUUCCCAAUAUUAUUGGUUAUAUAAGGGUACUCAUGAACAUUGUUGCCUUUGCUCUAUGCUUCUCAAAUAAAAUAAUCUUCUCAGUCCUCUAUUUUGUCAGCUUUGUAUGCGAUGGUAUAGAUGGUUGGUGUGCUCGCAAAUUCAAUCAAGUUUCCACGUUUGGGGCUGUGCUGGACAUGGUAACAGACCGGAUUAGCACUGCUUGUCUACUAGUAAUUCUAUCCCAAGUAUACAGGCCUGGUUUGAUUUUCGUAUCAUUGCUUGCCUUGGAUAUUGCUAGCCACUGGCUUCAAAUGUACAGUACCUUUCUGAUAGGCAAAGCCAGUCAUAAAGAUGUCAAAGACAGCACCAAUUGGCUGUUUAAGGCAUAUUAUGGAAAUAGGACAUUUAUGGCUUACUGUUGUGUGUCAUGCGAGGUUCUUUACAUCAUUCUAUUUCUUCUUGCGGAGACACAAAAUGAGAAUUUGAUGGAUGUUAUAUUACACUCAAUACAACAAAAAUCAUUCCUCUCACUUUUGGUCGUAAUUAGCUUGUUUGGAUGGGCAGUGAAGCAAGCUGUUAAUGUCAUACAGAAUUCCUUUCCUUUCAGAGAAGCCAACGGUAUAGCUCUGACAGUAUUCAUCCAUAGAACUCUUGCUUUGUCUCUGAAGAACCACCCAAAAAGAACUUCAGCGAUUAACCUAUCCGCCAGGCACCAACUUUGGUUUACACCCCUGCCAAGCCAACCGAAGAGAUUCUACACACUAGCCGCAAAGUCAAGUCAUGAUGAAGUAUUAGGUGGGAGAGAGUUUCCUCACUUCUGAAGCACAUAGAACAAUCAUGAAGACGGCGGCAGAUGUUUGUGUGCUUCACGAUACCAACAAAAAACAGAAGCCAUGAUGAGAGACCUUUGUAAAAUUUGUUUCAGUAAAACACUCCUGUCUUGCUCCCAUGUCAAAUAUUUUGUAGUUUAAAAUCAUAUUUAUUUUGAAAAUAAUUGAUGCAGCUGUUUCUCCUCGUAUAUGAUCUAUAAACUAUUUGCGUUUUACUUUUUAGAAAUUGUUCCCUCUUGGUUGGUUGCUACCAUAUAGAAAUUGGGAAAUUAUACUUU